GGGGAGUUCUCCUGGCCAGAGCUCUGUCACUGGUGGGGCUGGGAAGAUGCUGAAGUCAAGAGGGGAAGCGUCACUACACUCCAGCCCGGGUCGGGAUCCUGCACAGGGCUAGCUUUUGGGAAAGCUCCAUUCAUGCCUUAAACUAGCCCGAGCAAUGGAUACUAUUACUCUAUUGUGCUAAGAGCAAGUAAAGUUGUCAGUAGCCUCUCCUUUCCCUCUCUCUGUGUGACAUGUGGGCAGCCAGUGUCUCUACAAGUGGGUGACAUCUAGAGCCGUCACCGUCAGGAUAUGUCCUUGGUAUAUUGAACUCUGCUGGGGACCCCAAAGAUGACAGCCGGGAUAGUAGCCGUGCUCUGCGCCCUGCACCUGCUCUCGCUUGCCCUGCUGGGGAAAGUGACAGAAAGUCGUGUAACAAUGGACAGUAUACAGCGGUUCUCAUCCGUCCCUGUGUAUCUACCUGUGAGUUAUCACGUUUGUAAUUCUGAAGUCUCUUUCUUCCUUAAAGAAGCAAAUCAGGACCUCAUGAAAAACUCAAGUCUACAGUCCCGAACAGAACCAGUUUUCAUAUAUAAAGCUAAGCUGCCACCAGCAAUAAAUGCCACCUAUGGACCCUAUUCAGCAGAACAAACUGUGCCAAAAAAUGUGAUCAUUACCUCAAGUACUUUCAGUUCUACUAACAGAUUUACAUUUAACUGGCAGUUAAAGUCACACAUAAUAGAGAGCUCUAUAUAUUCUGACAAACCGAAGGUGCAGGCUUUAUUUUAUAUUACAGGAAAAGACUGGGAGGACCAUCAUCCAUCAGAAAUGUUGCCAUGUGUCAGAAUGAUUGCCAUCUUAGAAAAUCGGGAACUUUCAUCAAGCUGUAGACUGAAAGGAAAGCUGGGAUUAUGUGUAGCAGAGCUAGAGUUCCUGCCUAGUUGGUUAAGUACGUCUUCUCCCACAGACGCCCAUGUAUUCUCGAUUCCUCCACAAGGAAUAGCGGUUGAACUGCACUAUAUUGUCUAUACCACCAGAGAAGAUGAAGAAUGUUCUUCAGAAGAAACAAAAUGGUCAAACAGGAUUAAACCCAACAAAGAUACUGACCAAAAAGUAUCAAGUGCAAUGGAAAGAUUUGGCAGUGUUAUUGUUUAUCCCACUCAAGAUACCAUGAGAAUGUCAGUGCUUCCAGUGGAUAACAAUAUUCAGAUUCGAUACCCCCCAGGUCCGGUGAAAGUAGGAGACAUCGUAACAUUCUUUGUGUCAGUGGCAGGAAGCUCAAUGAUCCAUCAGUUCAUGUUAAGGGUCAAAGCUGCUCUUGGCGCCAAAGUGAUUGCUAUGAGAGUAGAUGACUCUGAACAAUGGAAAGUUCAAAGACUGAUGGAGAAUGGAGAAAAACACACAACUGUCACUCUAGACUGCUUACUGCAAACUCCCUAUACCCAGAGCAGAGCCAACAAUUCGCUUUAUGAAAUUCUGCAGAUAGACUUUCAAAUGGACACGGGCAGUGGAUUGGCUGGCGCCCAGCAGAUUACGUGGCAGGUGGAAUACCCAGAAGAAGACUCUGCCAGUGAACUUGUAAUCUCGGAAAUCUUUGUCAGUCAGGCAGCGUUCACCGGGAUUGUUCCUAUUGCUAUGGAUACUGAACUAUUAAACACUGCUAUCCUGACAGGAAGGACAAUGUCUAUCCCCGUGAAGGUGGUGGCUGUUCAAGAGGAUGGCUCUGUGAUAGAUGUGUCGGAUUUCACUGAGUGCAAGUCAGCAGAUGAAGACGUCAUAAAGGUUUCUGACAGAUGUGACUCGGUCUUUGUAAAUGGUAAAGAAAUGAAAAGUAAGGUGGACACCAUUGUGAAUUUCACGUACCAGCACAUAACUACCCAGUUGGAAGUGACAGUGUGGGCUCCACGGCUUCCUCUGCAAAUUGAAAUAUCUGACACUGAACUGAGCCAGAUCAAAGGCUGGAGAAUCCCGGUGUCUGUUAAUAAAAGACCAACAAGAGAUAGUGAAGAUGAAGAAGAUGAUGAAAAGAAAGGACGUGGAUGUUCUCUCCAGUACCAGCAUGCAAUGGUUCGUGUCUUCACACAGUUUGUCGCAGAGUCCUCAGAUAUUGGUGGACAGCUGACCUACAUGCUUGGACCAGAUUGGCAGUUCGAUAUCACUGACCUUGUGAGUGACUUCAUGAAGGUUGAAGAAUCAAAAAUAGCAACACUGGAAGCAGGGAAAGUUCUAGUUGGACGAGAGCCAGGAAUAACCACUGUCCAGGUCCUUUCUCCAUUGUCUGAUUCCAUCUUGGCUGAAAAAACUGUGACAGUCUUGGAUGAUCGAGUGGGAAUUGUGGAACUAGGAAUCCAACUCAUAACUGGUCUUUCCUUGUCAGUACAAGCCAGUAAGGGCAAUAAAAGAGCCAUUAUUACAACUACUACAGCCAGUGACAUCCUCCAUGAGAUAAAACAGGAGGCAGUCAUCAGUGUUUGGACCUUGUUCAGUGAUGGCUCAGUAACACCAUUGGAUAUUUAUGAAAGUAAAGACUUCUCAGUUGUGGUGUCUUCUCUAGAUGAGAUGGUAGUUUCCACUUAUCAAAAUCCUCUAUCAAACUGGCCUGUUGUGGUUGCAGAAGGAGAAGGCCAAGGACCAUUAUUAAAGUUAGAAUUAGGGAUCAGUGAGAUCUGCCAGAAAUCCAAGAGGAAAAGUAGCCUUGCUGUGGGAAGUGGAACUAUUAAGGUUAAAUUUGGCCAAAAAGAUUCUGAUCAAAAGGGAAAUAUUAACGAAAUUCAAAGCAUCGAUGACGAGUUUAAGAAAAGUAAAACAACCGAGAAAGUCUCAGAGCAAGAACGGACAGCAAAUGAAUGGCCCAAACAUGGACCUUCUGCAGUCAAUUAUGAAGAUAGAAACUCAACCUCUGAUUCUCCAGAAAACUAUCACAAGAACUAUAAUGAUGCCCACAUUGUUCCUAUUCCAUAUACUAGUUUUCCUACAAGAAUAGCCUCAGAACAUAAUCAAGAAAGUGAACUUACACAGACUUCAAGGGGCCUCACAGAUUUGGAAAUUGGCAUGUAUGCCCUUCUCUGUGUGUUCUGCCUUGCAAUUCUAGUCUUUUUAAUUAACUGUGUGGCAUUUGCUUGGAAAUAUAGACAUAAAAGAUUCCCAGUGGCAGAUCAGGCAAACAUUCCACAUUCACAUGACUGGGUAUGGCUUGGGAAUGAAGUGGAGCUCUUGGAAAAUCCAGUUGACAUUCCUGUAGCGGAAGAAUGCACUACAAUGAUUGAUAGAAGGUCACAAUUUGAAGAAAGCAAUUUUUUGCUCAAUGGUGGUACUCAAAAGAACCCGUAUAGUCAAAUUAUGAGGUCAUCAGAUUACAAUUAUGAAAAAGAGGCCCAGAAUGAGCCACUUAAUCCAGGGGGUUCAAAGAGAAAACGGGUAAAGUUCACAUCCUUUACUACUAUUUUACCUGAAGAAGGUGGUCCAUAUACCAAUGCAGUCAUCUUUGGAAAUGAAGAAAAUAUUAAAUGGGUCUGUCAGGAUAUGAACGUUGGGGAUUCCCGUGAGCUUAGAGACUAUAUGGAUAGUCUUCAGGACAACCUGUAAAAUAAUAUGUUUAUAUUCACCUUUAUGCCUUCGUUAUGUAUGUUUUUUUUAAGGUGGGACUAUCUAAACAGCAAUAGAGAAGCAAAAGAAACCCAACAAGGUUAAGGUCAUCAUGAAGAAAAAAUGUCAAUAUUUUGGGUGCCAUGUGAUGCUUUCAUACUGUAAAUGGUUUCCUGGUUCUCCUGAUGGGAGUACAAUACAGUACAUGACAUGGUAUAGGUGUUGCAGCAAAAAGAGCUAUUGUGUUCUAUAGAAUUUGGGUAUACCACCACUAUUUCUGCUUGUAAGUAAACACUACAGUGCCAGGUUUCCAAUUAAAAGCACACUGGACUUUCCUUGUCAUAUUUCCAGUUCAUUGUAAGCAUAAAUUUGAAUGUAUUACAAAUGUAUUUACGUGCAUCUCAGCAUCAAAUAUCAUUACUUCUUAGACACACGAUGUUAAGGUGGUUGGCAAAGUAAAAUACAAGAAAUAAAGGAACAUAUAUUUUAUUCUGCCUUUCCUUUUGUUGUCAACUUAUCCCUAUUAUUAAUUACAGGUAUUGAAAUACAUAAAGUCUAUAGUAUCAGCUUUUAUUAUGUGAACCACAGAAAGAACCCUACGCAUCUCUAGGGGGGACUUGCAUUGUCUUUAUGCUGUGUUUUUAAAGUCCAGCACAGUGCAUAGUCAUAGAUUUGGGAUACAGUUUACAAAUCUGUUCCAUAGACCUUGAGGUACAAAGCAUACACAAUUGGGAAAUGUAUUAUUAAAUAAGCCUCUUUAUUAAAUACUUAAACAGCAGGGGCAUCAUUUUAGUAAUUUAGUAAUAUCAGAGGCAAAAUUAAUCACUUGGGUUCUUCAAAACGAUUCCCAAAUAUUAUAAAAAUAAGAGUUAAAAAGGCAAAUACUCCUAGCGUUCUCAUAACAAUUUUUUCCUCAGUUAAACCAGUCCCUUAGCAAGACUGUAGUUUAGACUUUGUUUAUCUGUACCACCUGCAUGAUUUAUUGGUUUAUUUGGAUAGGGGAAAAGAUGUCUAAUUGCGGGGUCCCGUCGCUGGGGACCCCUGCAAU